AUGGGUAAUCCGGUGACAGAAAUCAGCGGCAAAUGUGGAGUCAGUCGAGAAAAAGCACUCUACUACCUCGAAGGAUUCAAUUGGGAUCUCAAUUCCGCCAUGGAAGCUUGCCGCAACCAAACCUUACCUCCUCUCACGGUUGAAGAAUCUUCGCCGUCGGAAGCUCCUUCUCCACGGCCGAGGAUGUCCGAUUCACUUAGGAUUUCGAAUCCGACGGAGGAACAAUCGAGAAGCGAACCUAUUCCUGGAACGACUCCAGAAGCCGUCGGAAAAUUCUUGGAUUCAGGGAAUUCGAAAGGAAUCACAAUCGAGGGCUCUUCUUAUUCUUCUCGUUUUGAUCCAACAUUGUCACUUAACGAAGCUCUAAUCGGGUCAUCUCAAGUGAAGAAUAAAAAUAUCCAGGAAAGUACAAGUCCGGGAACAAAUCAGGAAACUUCUGUGUGCGAGGGAUCCACUGAGACUGUGCCAAUGGUGAUGGAUUCACGUAGGGCUUUGAAUCAGCUGCCGAGUUCGCGGGAGCAACCGUCUCAGUUGUAUGAUAAACUCAUCGUAUCAUUCAUGAAGUUUGUUGGAGCGACUCGAGAAGAAGCAAUCGCUUGCCUUAAUUUCUGCAAUGGCGAUGUAAGGCUUGCCGUCAACUAUUACAGAGGAUUACCUUCACAAUCGCAGUUUCAGGCUUCACUUGAUUCCCCAAAUCAAGGUUACUUGAAAGAAGGCGAAAUCAGGAGCCCUUCUAGGAUUGCUAAACUUCCAUAUCUGAAUCUUUUAUUUUCUCCUCCAUUCGCCUACUUGUACAGUUCGGUUAUUGCUGACCCGACCGAGACAGGAAGUCCAUUCAAAGAAGCUGGUCCUGGAAUUGCGACGUCUCAAGUGGUUACUGAGGGUGUUGAUGAAGACUCAAGCACAGAGACAGGUCGUGAUCCUUUGGCCACCCAAGACAGGAACAUUGUGGAAGCUGAGCAGAUUACUACCGAGAUAACAUUUCAAGUCUCAAUGGCCGAUGGAACAGAGGUAUCCAUGACUUUUAAACCAGACAAAACCCUCAGAGACAUCCGCAAUAGGAUUGCAGAGUUGAGACCAGAUGACAACAGAGACUACUACUUGGAGUCUAUGGAAGGAGGAGAGAGAUACGAUGAUUUGAAUACAACUGUACAGAGAAUUUAUUCUCGUGGUAAAGCAAAGCUCAUUCAGGUCGAUUUGUAG